AUGGCUGAAAAGCGGAGACCAGAACACGGACUUCUUCCAUGCUGCAACUCACCAACGCCGUCUGAUCAACUCUCUUUCUAUUUUGGUAAAGUUUCCGAGAUCCUAUGCUGCAAAGUCUCUGCUGAAUCCAAUCAACGCUUAACCCUUAUUCCGAGUGAUUCGGAGAUUAGAGAUGCGGCUUUCUCCAUCAAUAGUGGAAAAGCUCCGGGCCCGGAUGGCUUCUCAGCCAAAUUCUACCAUGCCUAUUGGCACAUUAUAGGGCCUGAUGUAUGCAGAGACGUAAGAGAAUUCUUUCUGUCCGGGGAACUCCAUCCGCAACAAAACGAGACACACGUACGCUUGAUCCUCAAGGUAACAGGCGCGAGAAGGGUGGCGGAGUACCGUCCUAUUGCGCUAUGCAACACACAUUAUAAGAUAAUAGCAAAGAUUCUCACAAGAAGGUUGAAGCCACUUUUGCCUGAUCUCAUCUCCACUUCACAGUCUGCCUUUGUAGCCGGGCGAGCGAUAGGUGACAACGUGCUCAUUACUCACGAAACUCUCCACUAUCUACGUACUUCGGAAGCCAAGAAGCAUUGCUCAAUGGCCGUUAAAACGGACAUGAGCAAAGCUUAUGAUAGGAUUGAGUGGGGAUUUAUCCGAGCUGUCAUGCAUCAGUUGGGCUUCAUGGAUCUCGUGGAUCAUGAGCUGUGUGGAAACAGUCUCGUACUCCUUUCUCAUAAAUGGUUCUCCAAUGGGCUUAGUCAAGCCAUCCCGUGGAAUACGGCAGGGCUCUACUGGAUGGCUCACUGCCUGGAAUCAGAGUGUCGCGAGGUUCUCCACAGAUUAAUCAUUUUGUUGUUUGCGGACGACACAAUGUUCUUCUGCAAGUCAAGCUCCUCUAGUGUCUCGGUCUUGCUGCAUAUCAUGCACACAUAUGAGAAGCUAUCUGGACAGUGUAUAAACUUCUCAAAAUCAGCCAUCACGUUCUCUGCCAAAACUCCACCGGAGGUUAAGCUUCGGGUCAAGGCUACUCUAGCCAUUGAUACUGAAGGAGGCUUAGGAAAAUAUCUUGGGCUUCCAGAGCUGUUUGGCCGGAAAAAAGGGACAUCUUUGCUUCGAUCUUGGGCCGCAUCCGACAGAAAUCUCUCAGUUGGACAUCACGGUUUCUCUCUAUCACUACUUGCACGGGUUCUACUGGGGAAGUACACUCGAUACUCAUCAUUCCUAACCUGUCAAGCACCUUCCAACUCCUCCCAUGGCUGGAGGAGCGUGUUAGUGGGAAGAGACUUGCUACUAAAAGGGCUCAGCUGGACAGUAGGGAGUGGGGAUAAGAUCAGUGUUUGGAGAGACCCAUGGCUAUCUUGUGAUGCCCCGAUCACUCCGAUAGGCCCACCAAACAGACUGGAGGCUGACCUGCUGGUGAGCGACCUUCUAUGUCCAAUCUCGAAUUCUUGGGAUAUUGACAAGAUCAGGAGAUUUAUCCCAGUUUAUGAAGACUUCAUCUUGCGGCUGCAAACAAGCUGUGCCCCCUCCUGUGAUACUCUGGCAUGGCUUCCCGACAAAUCUGGUGACUAUACCACGAAGACAGGCUAUGGAACGAGUCGGAACGUCGAAGUCCCUGCUCCGAAUGCGCAAGACUUCAGUUGGACUAAGAGCAUCUGGAACGUUAAAACUGCACCUAAGCUAAAGGAUUUCUUGUGGAAGGUGGUUCGCAGAGCAAUACCGGUGAGCGCAAAUCUAGAGGUCAGAGGCUUCCCACCCUUUGGUUGUAAGACCUGUGCUGGACGAGAGGAUGAUCUACAUGUUUUCUUAACUUGUGAGGUGGCUCGUGAAGUCUGGGAUUUAGCUCCGCUGAUCUCAAGACCUUCUCCCACGACCCCGUCACUUGUUAUAUUAAUCUCCAACGCUCCCUCUCAUACGGUUUUACCACCAGUAGGAGUCACAACCCCUCUUUGGCCAUGGAUUUUGUGGAACUUGUAG